CUGUGUGACUUUAGCACAAUUCCUCCUCGCUCUCCUUCUGGUUCAGGAGGAGGGCGGUGGUCGCCGAAGCAAAUUGAGGAUAAGAUCAAGGAUUUUGAUAUUGACAAACAUGGAGACGAUGACGGAUCAAGUCUGAAGGAACCACCUGUUUUAGAUAUAGAAGAGCCUUUUGAAAAGAUAGAUGUACGCUUCACGACCCCACCAACAAGAGGUGAUCGACGAGCAAUCACGUCCGGUAACCAUCAAAGAGUGUCCAACAACCGACACCAGAGUACAGGAGAAGGAAAAGAAAUCGAACUCGAUGGUUAA